AUGAGUGACCAGCCAUUAAGUGGCAAAGAAGAAGAAGAACAUGUUCAAGAACAGAAAUUUCUCGAACGAGUUAGAAAGAUUCAUACUGAAGUGGAGGCACAACUUAAUGUUCCCAGUAACAAUAUAAAGUUCGCCAUGAUAAGCAUCAUGUGCCAUGUAACUUCAAAGAAGGUAAUCUAG